AUGAAGUUCUUUUCUCUCCUCGCCAUUGCAAGCGCUAUUGCUCCAGCUGUCGCUCUUCCAGCUGCUACGACCGACAAGGUCUCCACGACUCCCCAGAAGACCUGCACGAACCCUCCCAAGAAAGUCGAAUGGCGCAAACUCGGCGCUGCCAACCAGAAGAACUACAUUGAUUCAGUGCUAUGUCUUAAGACGAAGCCUUCUCGCAUGGGUCUUAAGACGUCUUUGUACGAUGACUUCCCUCAUAUUCAUUUCGAGUUGAAUGGGUACAUCCACGGAGGUGCCCCCUUUCUCCCUUGGCAUAGGUACUUCACCGUGAUCUACGACAAGGCCCUACGCGAAUGCGGAUACAAGGGCCCUGCCACCUACUGGGACUGGACCCAAGACACCAAGGGCCUUCGCCUGUCCCCGGUCAUGGCCGCUAAGAACGGCUUUGGAGGCAAUGGAGACCCCAACAGGCUUGAAUGGACGGCUGGCGGAACGAAGCUCAUGUGCGUCAACAACGGACCAUUCUCUAAGCUGAGACCCGCGUACCUCGAGGAUGAGCCCAGGAAGAUCCAGUCUUUCAGUCACUGCUUGUUCCGCAACAUGCCCGAAGUCAGCGAGCCUGACGCCUUCAAGCAAAUGACGGGCACUUUCGGUCCUGGGGGCGUCAAGGAGACAAAGGCCAACAACAACUGGCAGGAUUUCGCCCGGUCGCUUGAGGGUGGCCCUCACGGCUCUAUCCACGCUUCCCUCGGUGGCGAGAUGAACCCUACUACUUCACCCAACGAACCUCUCUUCUUCCUGCACCACGCCAUGAUCGACCGCAUCUGGUGGGAGUGGCAGCAAAAGAACGCCUCCAGGCUGACUGAGUACAGCGGCAUGUACACCCAGUACAAGGAGACUAAGCCUAGGGAGGUUAAGCUGGACGACCUGCUCCGAUAUGGUGGAAUGGAAAAAGACGUCAAGGUUCGCGAUGUCAUGGAUGUGACUGCUGGACCCCUCUGCUACACUUACUAA